CACAUACUGCAGCUUGUUCCUGCCGCCCCUUCCCCGCCACCCUGCAUAUAGUCAGGCGACUAGCACGGCGCGUCGCAGGUGUAAUGUUGUGCGGGAGCACGCGAGCGCGCGUGCUCGUGAGCUCUUGACGUGACUCUCGACAUGACGCGCGCGCCGCCGCGGCGACGCCUCGCUGUACGUGUAUGGGGUGCGUGACCAGGCGGGGCCUCCUCAUAUAAAGGCCAGGCCAGAGCUUGGCGCGUUGCUCUCUUCACCGACGCGUUUGUCUGCCGGACGAGACUUGGAACUUUUAAGACGGAACUGCACCGAGACUUCUACGCGCCAUCCCGCAUUCCCCGCACGCCAUACAUACCUGGAAGCCUCAAAUACUCUCUGCGCGACUUUCAUCCCGAUACCAACAGACGCCAGCACCCUCACCAUGCCCCGCUACACCCCGUCCAAGACGUCCAAGACCUCUGGUGGCAGCCCUUCGCAGUCUACCGACUCCAUAAAUGGCCCUCAACGCUCGCGCUCGCAAUCCCUCGCUGAGAAGAUCCGACGCGCCUUCACUGGCCGCCCGUCGGGGUCGGAACUCGAGGGGACGCCUGAGGGCUCGUCGCUGCAAACAAAUGCGGUGCACUCCACGGGACGAGGUGGCGCGGGGAACAUAGGGCCAGCACGACCAGCCCUGUCGCCAGCCGAAGCGCGCGAGGAAGAAGAACUGGCCGCGAGGGGGAGGCAAAAUCGGACAGCGUACUCCACCGGCCGCGGCGGUGCGGGCAACAUCGCGCGCCUGGUCGUCCACCCCUCGAAGGACGACGACGCGACCCUGUGCGAUGGGCGGGGGAGACCGAUAUACAGGACCCCAGGUGCGAACCCCUCGAGCGCGGCGGAGGAGUUGGAGGACGCGCUGGUGUACCAAGCGAGGGGGAGGAGGCAGGAUAAGAUCUACUCAACAGGCCGUGGUGGCGCCGGCAACAUCAGCGCGUCACGGUCGAAGACGCUCGACAGGCCACAAGAGGAUGGCGCGAGCUCUUCCGUGAGUCGGACGAGGUGAGGGCGUGGUGAGGACGCACUCAGCUCUAUGAUGCAGUGGUGAGGACGUAGUUAGUCCCCACCACGGCGAAGACGCACGCGGUCCCAUAGCGCUGCAGGGACGUGGUUCCGUAGCCACAUACCCAGUUUGUCCUGCUUGGAACGACGCUCGUUCGUCGUUGUACUAUACUUUCUUGCAUCCAUCUUGUUGUCUCCGCACAAUGCACUGGCAUCUCACCUCUUCGCGCAUUCCCCGCGCUUCUGCGUCCGUUCACUGUCCUUCGCGCAUGCGCCUCGCCGCUUCGUUUGUUCGCCGCCGCGAACGUGCUUUGUAUGCUGUUUGAGCUGUAGUCGAUGGCACGCAUCCGUGCAUGUACUUCGCGAAAUGGGUACGCAUGCUUCACCGUCGAAGACCUGCAGGGCGCGAACAGGUCGCAGAUGAUCUUGACGCC